AUGUCGGCUGAUAGCACGGCAAACUCAAGAGACUUCUGCUGCAGCUUAUGCUCUGAGAUGGUAGAGUGGAAACGGGAAUGUAUGGACCUGCGCCGGUUGCUGAUGCAAACUUGUGAUGAGUUGGUGGAACAGAAGAAGACUCGAACCAACACGGAAAUGCUGAAUCAACAGCUCUUUCAGGAUGUCUGCCUGCUCAAAAGUAAGCUGGAUGAAUCAGAGUCAAUGCGUCUGGCCAGCAAUGAAGAGUGGAGCAAGGUAGUGGAGAGGUUGGAGAGCAAACUCGAGGACCAGAACGUCUUGAGGGAUAAAAGCUCGGGUGUGCUGGCUAAACAUCAACAAGCUGAGCUUCAAACGUGCCUGGAAAAGGAAAGAAACAACAACAGACGUCUCGCUGCAAUGCUGGCCAAGCUUGAAACAAGGUUAGAGCAUGACCAGGCGCAGAGGCAGAAGGUGGCAGGAGCAAUGCCAGAGCUCAUCAGUGAGCUCCACAGCCUACAUGCUCUGCUUAAUGAGGCCAUGCAAGACAAACAGGCAGCCGGGGAGCACAUCGAGUUGCUGAGAACAGAGAUCACCUACCUGAAUGCUGAGAACGCGAGGCUGAGAAAGAACGACUCGGACACUGUCUUCGCACAGAUCAGAGACAUGAUCUCAAGCGAGAGGAUAAAGCUCCUCGGCGACAACCUCCUGGAGUUCUUCCAGGCAUUCCAAGAGCUCAAUGUGCUGCUUGCUGCGGACAUUGCCGACGCAUCUCAAAGAUUGGACGUGUUGGACAGUCUCUUUGAGGACUCUGAGAAGAGCAUAACGGAGGUUGUUAGAAGUCAGAUGAACACUAUCAGGACUUUGAUGGCCGUGGAGAAGCAUUUCGUGUUGCAAAGCGACAAGCAGGUCGAGGAGAAAAAGGCUCUACAGCAGAAGCUCGAACAGAUGGAGGCUGCGAUGUCGCUGCUCCAAUCAGAGAAUGACCAGCUGAGCUCUCAGGUGUUGGCUCUGUCGCAGCACGUGAGCCAAGCAGCUGGUGAUGUCGACAGCAAUCCGUUCAAUGACGGUGGACAUCUAGAACAAUGUGCCGUGCGAUCAGCUCAGAUGAGAACAACAAACAUGCCGACUAACACACCUUCAUUGGAUGCGUGUGAUGAUCGUAUCCAAGAUGCAAAGAUACAUCACGCGUCAAGCUCGAAUGGAGACUUUACGGAAGUUCUGGACAUCUCAACCGCGCAAUGUCUGGAAGCGAAAUAUGAGCGCCUGCAGAUUGAGCUAGCGGACAAGCAGUCUGCCAUAGACAAGUAUAUCGAUGAACAGCUCGUUCUGUAUGCUCGAAUCUUUGCCAUGGAGAGUGAGAACGAGAACUUGAAGGUGAAACUUAUGUCUCAGAGCAGAUCCUUCUCCGAUGUCAUUGAAAACUCUCCCGUGCCCUGUGAACUGUCGGAAUGGUCGGCGUACGACGAGGGGCAUGUGAGCAAGAGCUUCGACGAUUCCUUGUCCUCCCUUGAAGAAGUCGUGCAAGGGGUCGAGGAGGAGAUCGGAAAAGCGUUUAUUGUUGCAGCUUCGUCGUUGAAACUGUCAGUCAAGGCGGAGGAGGAGGAGGAGGAGGAGGAGGAGGAGGAGGAGGAGGAGGAGGAGGAGAGGCUGAAACUUACCAUGUCGACGAUUUCAAAGACCAUCAGGUUUGUGAUCGAGGGCAUCGAGGAGAUCGAGUUCAAACGUUCCAAGGAGAUCGACAACGAGCUGGCAGCUCUCUUCAGUAACAUCUCAGUGAGUCUCCUGCCAGAUACCAGCGGUCAGUCCUCGCGUUUUGCAAGCAUGGCAGGAACGCGCACGCCGGUAGAAAACCAGGUGAAAGAAGCGAUCAAAGAAUUGAGCACGUCUCAUGGGUGGCACUUGUUCUUAGCAAACACUCUGAGACACAACGUGGAGCUCGAAAGGAGACUUCGCGCAUUCAAGGACAGCUCCCAGGGCUCGCCCAGCAGAAGAGAGCAGGCGAGGCUGAUCAGUCUAGAUCAGAACGUCACUGCCUUGAGGUUGUCGCUCGCUGACGCCCAGGACAAGAACAAGUUUCUGCUGAGCGAGGUGGAGAGGCUGAACACCUGCAAGGAGGAGGCUGACGCUGAGGUCGACGACUUGAACUCCAAGUUGCUCUCCCUCGUCGAGCAUCUCCAGGGAUCAGAGCCCUUCGGCCUUGACUUCUAUCGGAUCCUCAAACGGUUUGAUCCCCGGCGAGAAGCAAAGAAGACUUGA